AUGAAGUCCCUCUUGCGUGUUCUGGGGUUGGACUGGAUCGACAGCAGCAGCUUUCUCAUAUUUGUGUUUGUUUUUCUGCUGCUGAGCGAUGUUUGGAAGAACAGAGUGCCGAGAAACUUUCCACCCGGACCCUGGUCUCUUCCUUUUAUUGGACACCUUCAUCUCAUCGACAUCUCUCGGAUGCACCUGCAGUUUUCUGAGUUGGCAGAAAAAUAUGGGAACAUUUUCAGUGUUCGCCUCUUUGGUGGCCGGACUGUCAUCGUUAGUGGCUACAAGCAAAUAAGGGAGGCUCUGAUCCUUCAAGGAGAAGACUUCGUAGAUCGUCCCGUCAUCCCGCUGUUUGAAGAGUUAGUUGGGAAUAAAGGUCUUGUUGGUUCCAGUGGUUAUCCAUGGAAGACACACAGGAGAUUUGCUCUUCAAACACUCAGAAACUUUGGCCUGGGCAAGAAAACGCUGGAGCAAUUCAUCCAGCAGGAGUGCCAGUACCUCACAGAGGGCUACGCUGCUCAUAAAGGUCAGCCUUUUAAUUCCCAGACUUUGGUAAACAAGGCUGUGUCCAAUGUUAUCUGCUGUUUGGUCUUUGGGAACAGAUUUGAGUACACAGACCAGCAGCAGCAGACGAUACUGGAGAAAUCAGAUGAAGUUGUGCGCUUACAGGGAAACAUAGUGGUGCAGCUUUACAACGUAAUUCCCCGGCUGAUGAAGCGGCUGCCUGGGCCUCAUCAGACGCUUUUCUCCUUAACAAGAAAGAUAGUUGAACUCAUAAAAAUCAAGAUCAAGGAACACAGAGAAAACCUCGACCCGUCAUCUCCACGAGACUACAUCGACUCCUUCCUCAUAGAGAUGGGAGAGAAAGAAGACAAAGACUCCGGUUUUGAUUUGGAGAAUCUGUGUUUUUGCAUUUUUGACCUGUUCGGUGCUGGAACUGAAACCACCACAACCACUUUGCACUGGGGGCUGCUGUACAUGAUCUACUAUCCUGACAUACAAGAGCGGGUCCAGGCUGAGAUAGACGCUGUGAUUGGUCCGUCCAGGCAGCCGUCUAUGACUGACAGAGACAACAUGCCUUACACCAACGCUGUCAUCCAUGAGAUACAGAGGAUGGGGAACAUCAUACCGUUAAAUGUGCCCCGAAUAGCAAGCAAAGACACCACCUUGGAUAAAUACUCCAUCCCAAAGGGCACCUUGAUAUUAGCUCCACUUCACUCUGUCCUCCAUGAUGAGUCCAUGUGGGAGACUCCACACUCCUUCAACCCUGAGCACUUCCUGGACCAGGACGGUAAAUUUAGGAAGAGAGAAGCCUUCAUGCCUUUUUCUGCAGGUAAACGUGUGUGUCUCGGGGAGCAGCUGGCCAGGAUGGAGCUGUUCCUCUUCUUCACCUCCCUCCUCCAGAGGUUUAAGUUCUCACCUCUUGCAGGAGAGCAGCCCAGUCUGGAGUGCAGGAUGGCGGCAGUUCGUAGUCCCAAACCUUACCGCCUCUGUGCCGUGCCACGUUAAACCAUAAAAAUAGAUGGCAAUGACUUAAAAUAUUGCUAUCUUGGCGUAAAUCAAAAAUAUGUCGAAUGAAAUAUUUGCUGGUAGCUUAGACACAGAAUCAAGACAUUUAAAAUCACUGACAUUUGAGUGACUUACAUUUUUUAAAUCAUCUGUUUUUAAAGACUUUCAGAAAAGACUUUAACAUUGUUGGGUUUAUCUUAGCAACAACUUACUAAAUAACCUGAAACAAGCAAUAUAUCUGCUGUUGUUGUGUCACUUUUGUGUUGUACAAAAAUAAAUAAUCUUGAAAUCUUG